AUGGGGGAUUCUACUACCUCUUCCUCCAAGAAAACCGUCAACGACAGAACAUUAACAGGAGCAGGCAACUUCAUCAAGGUCCUCCCGACCGGCACUGUCUUCUUGUUCCAGUUCCUCAACCCUGUCUUGACCAACAAUGGCCACUGCGCCGUCCUCAACAAAUCCCUAAGCGCCAUUCUCAUCGCCAUUUCCGGCUUCUCUUGCUUUUUUGCAUCCUUCACUGACAGUUACACUGGCAGUGAUGGAAAAACCCACUAUGGGGUUGCAACAACUAAGGGUCUUUGGCCCUCAACAAAUUCCAAAUCUGUGGACUUGUCUGCUUAUAAGCUUAGGUUUGGGGACUUCGUGCAUGCCUUCUUUUCCUUGAUUGUGUUUGCAGUUGUAUCACUUUUGGACGCCAACAGUGUCAGGUGCUUCUAUCCAGGGUUUGAGUCCAGUGAGAAGGUUUUGCUGCAGGCGUUGCCUGCUAUCAUCGGUGCAGUUGCCGGUGCUGUUUUCGUUGUGUUCCCUUAUAGUCGCCAUGGAAUCGGAUACCCCUCCUCAAGUUCUGUUUCUUCACAAGACUCAGAGAAUUCCUGA